CCUCCGCCUCCCCCCGCCCAACAGGCCCCUCUGUUGCCAAGGCAACGGGACUGAGGCCUUGCCAGGCCCCUCCGGCCCAUGGCUCCUGCGUGGCGGCGAGAGGCCUCCCGUGGCCUUGGCAGGCGCCCCGCCCGCCCGCAACGGAGUCCCCAGCCAGGUGUGUCACCGCGAAACGAGUCCCCCGCGGCCCAGGAGGACAGGCAGACAGGCAGGGAGGGAGGCCGAGGGGCCGGCCGCAGGAAGGAUGAGCGGCCCCUCGGAGCAGCGCCUGAGGGAAGCGGCGGCGCGGGGCGCGCUGGAGGAGGUGCGGGCGCUGCUGGGCCGCGGAGCCUGCCUGGACGCCCCCGACGGAGACACCGGCUGGACAUGUUUGCAUUGGGCUUGCAAACAGAACCAUACUGAAGUGGUUGCUUACUUGUUGGAUUCCGGAGCCAAUAAGGAGAUUUUCACCAUUAAUGGGGAGCUGGCAGCAGAUUUAACUUCAGAGAAAGAAAUCAGAAAGCUUUUAGGAGUGGAAGAAUGUCAUAGUCAAGAAGCAGCUGACUUAAAACGGCCAUUCAGUGCAAAUGAUCCAGCCAAUCCAUUCUUGUUUACAGACAAGGACGAAAGGGAUAGUGCCCUUGAUGCCUCAGCACCAUCUGAGCUAACCAGCAUUGUCAUCAGUUCCUUAUCUGAGGGUAAAGCCAACCCUUGCUCAUCAGCAACUCAAGCUGAAGAUGUUUGUACAGCCACCUCUUUGCAGAGUGGAGACCACAGUGAAGGGGACUUACUUUCUCCUAUCAGCACAGGAGCUACAGCAUUCACAGCACCUACAGUCCAGGACUGCCUUGCUUAUCCCUCACCUGCAGGUCACAACGGAGUCCUUUUUAGCUUGGCUGCAUCUCGACAACAUGUACCUCAGCAAGCCAAUGGCUCGUUUACAAGUGCUACACAUCCCUUACAGCCACUGUUUCACUCAGAGAAAUUCCCAUAUAAUGCACAAGAAUUGGUGCUUAAAGUAAGAAUUCAGAAUCCUAAGGAGGAUGACUUCAUUGAAAUUGAGCUGGACAGACAAGACUUGACGUACCAAGGCCUGCUCAGAGUGAGUUCCUGUGAACUGGGCAUUAAUCCUGAACAAGUGGAGAAGAUCAGAAAGCUACCCAAUACUUGGGUAAGAAAGGAUAAAGAUGUCACCAGGCUUCAGGAUUUUCAAGAACUGGAACUAGUACUGGAGGAAAACACCAGUUCAUUCAGAAAUGCAGUGACACCAACGACAAUGGACAAACCCUGCUACAACACUAAAGCUGCAAAGCUGACAUACUGAAAGCUAACAAAAUACAUUUAAAACUUUACAUUCUUGUUAAUUUUUACUAGUGAUUAUUUUGAUACACCUGUAUUUUCCACUAAGAUACAUUUUAAAACACUAAUCUUACUUGAGUGGAGGUAAAGAUCCAAACACCUGAAGCACUUUAUAAUAGUUUUUCAUGAGAUCCUGUCAGAAGACAAAAAACGUAUUUUGUGGAAGAAAACUAGGUACCUCCUUUUUCCCUCAGGCAACAGAGCUUUGCCCAAAUUUUUUUAAGCAAAGUGAUCUUCCUGAGAUUCAAUGUUAACUACAUUUCAUUUUGCAAGUAGAUGUCUACUGUUAAUAGUAGUAGAAUGUUAAGUAGCUUUUUGUGCCAAUAACAUGAAAUCAUUGAAAACGAAACACUUUAAAGGUGAAAAUCCUCAUUUUUCCUGAUAAUUAUUGUACCAGUAACAAUACUAUAAAAAGCACCUUUAUUUUUCCCUUUAUCAUUAAUCUCAGGCAUGUGAUUGAGUUAACUGUGAUACAAAGUUUUUGUAAGAAAAACAUUUUCCAUUUUCUGCCACCACCUUGCGUACCCCAACUAAGCUUAUUGUUGUAUACAAUUUAAACUUCAGCAGAAGAUAUUAUGUAAUUAUGAUAGUAAUAAGCGA